CUUUUUAGCGGGGAAAUAUGAAAGAAGUCAUUGAACUCAAUGAUCAUCAGAAGCAAAUCUAGAUCUAAAUCUAAUUUAAAUCUUGGGGAUAUAUGCUAGAUCACGAAAUGAACAAGCCAUGUCUGAUCAUACACAGUCCUUCAAUUCAAAAUCAUUUUACGGAGCCAAAUGCAGAAAAAGAAGAUAUGAAAUAAAAACAUUGAUUGAACAACAGGUUCAAAAACAGAGUAAAUAUUCGUUACCUGAGGAUUUUAAAUCCAGAAUUGGUGGUCCUUCUUCCAGUUGGAAAAUCUUCUAUAAACAGAAUGAAGCUUUUAGAUUUGCUCAGUCAACCUCAGAGGAUCUACAUGUAUUUUCCUAUGAAAAGGAAGUUAUAGGUGAAGAAAAAGGUCAAAGGUUAUAUUUAGUUACGAGUUAUCCUGUGUUUUGGCAUUAUUAUAGACAGUUAUGUUGUGAUAAGAAACAUCAUUAUGAAAUUAUACCUGAAGGCAGCGUAUGUAAAAUAUAUUUUGAUUUGGAAUAUAUGAAAGAAUAUAAUCCAGAUUCAGCUGGCGUAGAAAUGGUUCAAAUCUUUAUCAAGUAUGUUUGUUUUUGGUUGAAGAAGAGAUUCAGUGAAUCCUGUGAUGUUUCAGAUGUAUUAAAUUUAGAUGCCAGCACAGAACAUAAAUUCAGUAGACAUCUUAUAUUUCAAAUGAAAAAAGCAGCAUUUAAAGAUAACAUACAGCUUGGUUAUUUUGUAAAGGAGAUAAUGGAGAAAUUAGAAGAUAUAAUAACAUAUAAAGAUGUUUUAUCAGACUCGGGUAUUGAUGUAUCUAUAGACAACCAAAUAGACAGUAAACUUACAACCAAUAUGGAGGACAGCCAUAAAGAUGCAGGAUUUAAUAAAAGGGAAGCGACUCAAGCUGAUUCAGAAAACAUUCAAGGCAGCAAUAUGCAUAGGAAACAACAAAGAAACAACAAGGAAGGUAGCCUUAGAGAAGCUGAAUUUGAUAGAAGGGAGGCAACUCUAGCUGACUCAGAAAUUAACAAGGAUGACAGACCACUACUAGGAAAUGUAAAGAAAAGUCCUCAAAAGACUGGAGUUGAAAAUGAACAAAACUCAAAUCUUGUUUGUAGUUUAAACAGUGGAAAAUUUGAUUAUGGGGAACCAACUCUAGCAGGUUCAGAAAAUUUUAAAGACAUGAAACAAGAAACAAACAAUACAGAAGACAAUCUUGAUAAUGAUGAAGUUCAUCAUGGUUAUUCUCAUCAACUAAAAUCAGAAAGCAGAUUUGAAGAGUUGAAUGAAUUAUUAGAAAUAUUCAAUAUGGAGGAUCUACAGUCUUUAUUUAUUUAUAAUAAAAAUGGUGAUAAAAUAACAUUUGUUGACACAGGGGUAUAUACUAAGAAUAGAAAUUUCAGACUAUAUUUAUCCAGUAAACUUGGUAAAAAUAACCCCUUGGUUUUAUCAGACGACAACCAGUUUCUAUCUAAUACACAGGAAGAUGUUUUUCUAGCCUCAUUGAUAUCUAAUGUAAGUUAUACUGAUGAAUUAAGAAUAUUGAAAUUUUGUGAUGAUGUAAAAUAUAAUGAAAAGGGCGUCUGUUUUCCUGGUAGAAAUAAAAACACAGAAGCUACAUUAGAAGGAGAGAGAAGUUCACCGUAUCCAGAAAUAGAUCGAUAUAUCAAGACUUUAAUUAAUGGUGGUGAUCACCAUGGUUACGUACGUCACUGGACAUAUUUUACCAAUGGAGAGUUACUGAUUUACGAUAUAGCUAAAUAUAGAUAUUGUGAAAAUAUCAACAGACAACAUAGAAGUAAUAAUAUUAUGUAUGUAGUCGAUAUCAGAAGGGGAGUUUAUUAUCAAAAAUGUCAUGAUCCUGAUUGUAAAAAACAAGAUUUCAAAUCUCAAGAGCAUGAAAUACCUAAAGAAUAUUUACCGACCUAUCUUCUAGAACAAGAUGAUUUCAUGUCCAACUCUGAUGACGAUGAUUUAUUGAUUCAAGCGAUGGAAAACGUAGAAAAAAUGAACGCAGAGAAUUCAGAUUCUAAAAACUUUUCCGAUUGUGAUUUGAGUGAUAAUGAACUGUUGUCUAUUACAAAUGAAAUAGAAAAAUCAAGUGAUGAAGUUCACAAGCAAUAAGCCUUUUUCACCUCUCGUUGAGAAUAGUGUCAUUAAAUAGGUUAAUUUCAAUUUUAAUGAUGUUGAUAAGGUUUGAGACAUUUAACAAGUCAAGCAAUGGUGGCAAUUUUAUUGCAGUGACACAACAGUACAUUUUUGUUUGCGUUAUUAGCCUCAUUCUGGAUUCAAUAUGGCUGAUGACUGAAAUAGGUUUAUAGACCUAAACUGAUAACUGAUGUUUUGUUAUAGGUUAUAUUUCUAAUAUUGUUAGUAGAGCAAAAACUAAAAAUACAAAAAUUUUGAACAAGAACUGAAGAAUCCUGUCUACCAACUGGUUCAUGACCAAAAUUCUUUGGGUUGUAUUUACCCAUUUGUAGUUGAAUUGCAGUCAACCUGAAUUAAAAUUUUAUGUUUUGUUGAUGUUAGCAGAGAAAAUAGCAAUAAAUCAAAACAGCAGCUGGUUCUUGACCAAAACAAUUUAAACUCAGUAAUUUAUCUAAUUUGGUUUGUUAUUUUUUCAAUUCAUCUAUAAUAUAAUGUGAUAUUGAAAACUUUGAUUUAUGCUGUGAAUUAAAAUAGAAAUAUUUAUUUGUAAG